AUGGUCUAUUACUAAAUAAUAGACCUGUUUAUUGUUGGGCCACUGCUGGGCUGGUUUUUCAGUUUUCUUAUUGUUGGUGUUUUUUAACCGAAGUAGCGAAUUUUACAGAUUUAAAAUUUCUUUCUCAUUGUUAUCUACACAAACAAAAGGUUGUAAAUUUUCUCCUUUAAUUAUUUCUAAUCUAUUCUAGUAAACGUUUAUUAAAUAUGUAAAAUAAAGUUAAAAGCCGGUGGUUAAAAGGUGUUUCUUAGCAAUUCUUGUGAUAUUUAUGAUGGAUGCUGAGUUUACGGGCUGUAGUUUACGGAUUUCUGUACAGUGGUGGAGAAAAAGUGGAUCGGUCACAUGGCGUCUGAUCUAAGCAAUUGUAGUAAGAGCAAAAACAAUUUCAAGCUUUAUGAGAAAAAGUAGUUGAUAUGCAUUCGUGUAUUAAGUGAAAUAACCAUGUUAUACUUAUUUUCUGAAAAUAGGCUAAUAUCUCACUGGCAGUAAGAGGGUAAAUUUCAAUCGAAAUAAAGGAAUUCCCGUGGCGUGUUAAAGUUAAACAAACAUAUUACUUUUGGUCAGCACAAAAAUGUCAAAAUAUAUUUAGCGUUAUUAUUCAAUUUCUGGAGAGUGGGUUGCUUCAGAUUCAAUUAGGGCGGGCACUAUGUUCAGGUUUAUCAUAAACACUUUAAAUGAAUGUUGGUUUUUAUGUAGCAAUAGUAAAAGGAACUUUAUUGUGGCAAUGCGGCAAUAGUCGGUACUUACUGCAGUUAAGAGGUGGUCUUAUGGCGCAUUUAUUUAUAAUUACCAAGACAGUUUGUUGAGUCACGUUUUAGUUCAUAUGCAAUAAAUCUCUAAAAGGUUUGUUAAUUAUUUUAGUGGGUUAGCUAUAAGCCAAAUAUGGCUUUUUUCGGUAUUUACUUAUUAUCUUUAUUGUUUAUUUUAUUGCACACAUGGAAACGCGAAACCGGAAAAGGCGCCGUCCGUCGGUCAAACUACACCAGCAUCCCAGCCAAAACCUACCUGGCACCAGCCAACAACCCCGUCAGCUGCCUUCCACCCAAAUGCCUGAUCAGCUGCCUCCCAACCAACAGCCUGUCCAGCUGCCUCUCAACCAACAGCCUGUCCAGCUGCCUCUCACCCCCAGCCAUCGACUCGGCCAAUGUUCUUCAAACCAACAGUCCGGCCAUCAACCCGACCAGCUGCCUCUCAGUCAACAACUGGGCGACCAGAUGCAGCCUGCAGCAAGCCAGCCAGAUCCGGCUGUUCAAUCGGGGUAUGUCAUCUCAAGCCUCGCAACACCAGUUCCUUGGGAGGAGGGUCUGUCAGGGGUCUGUCACCCAGACCUCGUACAGGCCUAGAGCUUACACGUUCCGACCUAGAGGCCCAAUUCAGGGGCUCCGGGGCCCGUUUAGCAGAUACUAAUACCUCAGUUUGGUCUCUUGGCAAGUCGCCAAUCAAUGUUGUUACGAUUUCUAAAUAUCUUCAGUUAUAUCCAAGUAAUGGCUUCAAGCAAGGUUUUAAGCUGGGUUAUAAAGGUUCACAUCUAGGUUCUUCAGCGAAUAAUUUGGUUUCAACAAAAGUGCAUUUUUUCAGAAGUCCAAAAGAAACUUGACAAAGAGAUUUCCUUAGGUAGAAUUUCAGGUCCUUUCAAAGUCCCACCAAUUUCCAAUUUAAAAGUAAGUCCAUUAGGUAUUUUAGAGAAGCCAGACGGGGGUUGGCGGUUAAUUACACACCUGUCGUAUCCCAAUGGGUCAAGUUUCAAUGAUGGUUUUAGUGUGGAAGACAUUUCUGUUAAAUAUACAUCAUUUGACAAAGUGGCUGACAUGUUAUUUAGUUUAGGUACGUCAGCAAUGAUGGCAAAAAGAGAUAUUAAAUCGGCUUUUCGUUUAAUGCCUAUUUACCCAGGGGACUUUCACUUGAUGGGGCUUCAGUUCAACAACCAGUAUUAUGUUGACAAAUGCUUACCAAUGGGUUUAUCUAUUGCUCCGGCUUUAUUCGAAUCAUUCUCCACUUUUAUACAUUGGCUAGUAAGUUUCAAAACUGGGAUUCAAACUUUAGAUCAUUAUUUGGACGACUUUAUUUUUGGAAGUGCAGCUGGGUCAAAUAAUUGUAACAUGCUAGUUUCUACUUUCGAGGAAGUAUGCACCGAAAUGGGAGUCCCAGUUGCGGUGGAAAAGUCGGUCGGCCCAACAACAGUACUGACAUUUUUAGGCCUGGAAUUAGAUACUGUGCAAAUGACUGUUAGAGUACCUGCUAAAAAAGUGGAAGAACUUUUGAAGCUUUUGCAAAAUUGUCUAGUAAAAAAGAGACUUACGUUAAAAGAAUUGCAGUCUUUGACUGGGAAGUUGAGUUUUUGUAGUCAAGCAGUAAGAGCAAGUAGGGCAUUCUUGCGCCGAUUUUAUGAUGCUAUGUGUGGCUUAAAAAAGUCCUAUUAUAAGAUUAGAGUUAAUGGUGAAAUGAGAGAAGACAUCCUGAUGUGGAUUCAAUUUAUUGAAGAUUUUAAUGGCGUUGUACAUAUUCCAAAUAAAGUAUGGUUGGAUAACUCUGUCAUUCAUCUUUACACUGAUAGUGCAGGUGGUGCUACUCUUGGCUGUGGUUGUUAUUUUGGAGGUAAUUGGGCCUAUUGCCCAUGGCCUGUUCAAUGGCAAGGCCAACCUAUUUUAUCAGAUAUAACAUUUUUAGAGAUGGUCCCUGUUUUGUUGGCAAUAUGGCUCUGGGGGGUCUUUUUGAGGGACAGGAAGAUUAAGUUUCAUAUUGAUAAUUUAGGUUUGGUAGAAGUGAUCAACAAACAGUCUUCCAAGUCGAAACGUUUGAUGUUUCUGGUUAGAACAUUUGUGUUGUUAGUUAUGAAAUACUCGGUGGUGUUUAAAGCAGUACAUAUUUCAUCAAACUCCAAAUUACAUUGCUGAUGCAAUUUCUCGUAAACAGUUUCACAGGUUACAACAGUUAGCACCAGAGGCACAAGCGAGUCCAGAAUCAGUCCCGCCGGAGUUUUUACUGAUGAUCUGCAACAAGAGGCUAAUAGAUUGCUAGACAAUUCCCUUGCUGCUAAUACAAAAAAGGCAUACAUCGUUGGGUUAGAGAGAUUCUCUGAGUUUAAAAGGCAAUACGGCUUGUCAGAUGCCUGGCCGCCUACAGUUGAACAGGUGGUUCGAUUUGUAGCAUGGCUAUCCCUACAGAAACUAUCACACAAAACAGCAAAAUCAUAUUUAAGCUCUAUAGCUUUUCAUUGCAAGCUGCUUGAUGUUGUUGACCCUACCAAAAAGUUCAUUGUUUCAAAAAUGGUGGAAGGAAUGCAAAAAGAUAAUAAAACACACGAUAAUAGGCUUCCAAUUACCCUCUCGUUACUGCAAGGGAUAGUAAGCAAACUUAAUAUUGUGUGUUCCAGUGUCUACGAAGCAAAACUGUUCACUGCAGCCUUUAUGUUAGCGUUUUUCGGUUUUCUAAGAGUUGGCGAAAUAGCUGUUCCUAAAAAAGGUGAUAGUAUUUUACAGGCAGCGGUGUUGGCAAUAGAAGAUUUACAAUUUGAUCACAAUGGGGUAAUCAUUUCAAUCCG